ACCUUGCUGACAAAUGUCAGCAUGCCAUAACAUAUCGGUUUAGGGAUCCGUUUAUGCUUAAUGAUGGUGGCAAGGCAGCGCAAGCACACGUGGGGAUAGGUGAUGUGGUUCUCACCAUUGAUGGGAUAAGUACAGAUGGGAUGACUCAUCUAGAAGCACAAAACAAGAUCAAGGCGUGUACAGGCAAUUUGAACAUGACUCUGCAAAGAGUGCCUGUACAAAAACCCGAUCUUAUUCAUGUACCAAAGGGAGAACCUACAGAAGUAGUUAAGCCUGUGCCCAUUGCCUCUGCUGUUGCACCCAAAGUCACUGCCACGGCGAGCGUGGCUUACAAUAAGACACCGAGGCCGUUUGGAGCCGUAAUGUCCUCCAAAGUCACCUCCAUCCCAUCACCGUCCUCCGCCUUCACCCCGGCCCAGGCGGCAGCUGCCGCCCCGGCCCCAUUUGCUGCUCCUGGACUGCAUGUUAAUGCCAAGCCUAAUGCUGAGCAGCGGUCGCCUGUGCCGAGCGCUGCUAAACCUGCAGUUAAUGUCCCACGGCAGCCCGCCGCCGCGCACAAUGCCGCCCCGAGCGCCUCUGCCACCCACGGCGCCCAGGAUGUAGCUGAGGGGCCGCGACGAGGAUUCAGAGAAAACCAGGGGGAGAGUAAACAGCAAAAUGGGAAAAACCCACCCAAACGCCCCCCGCGGAAGCACAUUGUGGAUACCUAUACAGAGUUUUACCACACACCCACCCACAGCGAUGCCAGCAAGAAGCGGCUGAUUGAAGACACCGAAGACUGGCAUCCCCGGACAGGCACCACCCAGUCCCGCUCUUUCCGCAUCCUUGCCCAAAUCACCGGCACUGAUCAUAUGAAAGAACCAGAACAUGAAGCUGCGAAGAAGACUAAGAAAAGCCAAACAGAAAAUGGAGACUUCAGCAUACCUGCAGAUCUACCUAAUGGAGCAGGAGCCCAGGAUACCUGUAUUAAUUUGAAUAAAAACUCACAGACUUUGGAGAUGCCACCUGUACCAGAAUUUCCAUCCACACCUUUACCACCUAUGAGUGAAAAUGGUGCUAGACCAGAACCUGCAGCUGCUCCUUUGCCGAUAGCAGAAUCCUUCCCUGGCAGUGUCCCCUCUCCCAGACUUUGUGAACACAUUGCUGCAGCUGCUUCUGGGAGGAGAAUAACUGCAGAGUUGCCUGCUCCUGAUGCAGCAAGCCUUUUGAUGGCUGACAAAGCACCUCCUCUCCCUGCAAAAUGCACUGUGGCCACGCAGACCUCGGAGCUGCCCCUGCCCACUACCUUGGCCAGGCAGCCACCUUCUGCAGCCCUGCCUGUGGAAACAGCCUGUGGGCUGCCUCCUGCUCCUGCCAGGCAUGAUGCAUUUCUGCCUACUUGCGAAACAAAUUAUUUCAGUAAAAUUUCAAGCUGUCAGACUGAAUCAUCUGUAAGUUAUACAAGCUUCUGUGCUAGAAAAGUCCUGCUGGAAAAUCCUGUGGGAAAUCUGCCCAAGUUUGGACCUCCUUCUCUUCCUGUUCUUUCUCCUUUCAAGCAAAGAUCAAAAAUUAAGAGCAUGGCUGCUGCUGCUGUGUCUGCUGCCAUUGCUGUCCGGGCCAGACUCUCUGAACGUAGUGUCUACCGCUCGCUCUUGGAUGCCCUGCUCAUCACACCUGUCACUAAGCCUCCUCUGCCAGCCAUCGGGCCCUCCAGGAAGUCCACAAGUGCUCUGGAGUUGCAAAAGAGCAAGAGUGAUUCCCUGGAGGCUACCCAGCCCGCUGCUUUUACAUCCACCUCAGUGAGGAGCAUGCCCAACCACCAAGAGAAUGCCGAUGUGAGACCUGCUCCUGCCAGCACCACACCUGCUGCAGCCCUCAAGCCAAUGGGACCCCCAGGUGCUGCCAAGCACUCGGGCUGGCAGCCUGCAAACCAAGCAGCUCCUGCCAGUGGACGGCCAUCAAACAGUAUUAAACCACCUGGAACAACUGACCGGAGUGAAAAAUUUGUGACAGCACCUCAGCUAAAUGAGCAAGACACGUUGGUUCAGAGGGCAGAGCAUAUUCCCGCAGGAAAGCGUACUCCCAUGUGUGCGCACUGUAAUCAAGUCAUUAGAGGACCUUUCUUGGUGGCUUUGGGGAAGUCGUGGCAUCCAGAGGAGUUUAAUUGUGCUCAUUGCAAAACCUCUAUGGCUUACAUCGGGUUUGUGGAAGAGAAAGGGGCACUGUAUUGCGAGGUCUGCUAUGAGAAGUUCUUUGCCCCUGAGUGUUCAAAGUGCCAGAGGAAGAUCCUUGGGGAAGUAAUAAAUGCUUUGAAACAAACUUGGCACGUUUCCUGCUUCGUGUGUGUGGCCUGUCAUAACCCCAUUCGCAAUAAUGUCUUCCACUUAGAAGACGGUGAUCCCUACUGUGAGACGGAUUACUAUGCCCUCUUCGGUACUAUGUGCCAUGGCUGUGAAUUCCCCAUUGAAGCUGGAGACAGGUUUCUCGAAGCCUUGGGCCACACUUGGCAUGACACUUGCUUUGUAUGCUCAGUAUGUAGUGACAGUUUGGAGGGUCAGACUUUCUUCUCCAAGAAGGACAAGCCACUGUGCAAGAAACACGCUCACUCUAUCAACAUCUGAUGCCUUGAGCUCAUCUUGUGUAACAUAUGUACUGAGCAGAAAGAAAGGUUAAAAUGUCUGUGUUCAAUAAUUGGUUAAAAUUAUUUAUACAUUACUUUCUCAAAGAGAAAUGUGAAAACGUGGGGGG